UACACAAGAAAAAUGUUAAAAUCAACAAUCACGCAUACCUGGCAAGCGUGGGCCAUCUACAUCAUCCUAACGGCAAAGCUCUCUGAAGAGCAAGAUUUGAAGCAAGUUUGUCCCUCGUGUGGCACCACUCCGUUUUGCAACUGUUCUUCCAGGAGGUUGGAUUUCAUUCCACCAGGGCUCACGGAUAAAAUCACAAGGUUAAACCUGGCCCACAACAAGAUAAAGCUCAUCCGAGCACGUGAUCUGCAGCAGGCUGCGAACCUGAGAGUGCUGCUGCUGUCAUCCAAUGAAAUCAGCUCAAUAGAGGAGGACUCGUUUCGCUCUCUUGCAAAACUGGAGCUCUUGGACUUAUCAAAUAACAGCUUGUCUCACUUGUCCCCUGUGUGGUUUGGGCACCUCUUUUCCCUCCAGCACCUCAACCUUCAAGGCAAUUUCUACCGGGACCUGGGGGAAAGUUCCCUCUUUUCUAACCUGAGAAACUUGAGCUCUCUCUAUCUGGGCAACCAGCAGUUCUCCACGAUAAGAGAGGGAAACUUUGAGGGCAUUUCACUUCUCAGCGAGCUUUGGAUUGACGGUGGCAAUCUCAGUCUGUAUGAGCCAGGAAGUUUGAAAUCAGUUAGGCAGAUAGACCACAUGAUCAUCAGCCUAAAAAGUGUGGAUGUAUUCUCAGUGAUUGUCGAGGAUCUCCUGCACUCUGUUGUAUGGUUAGAAGUGAGAGGGAUCAAAUUGGAUAUUAAAAAGGAAAGUUUAACAGAGAAUUCUACACUUCCUUUUAUGAUGCAGAAAGUUACAUUUAAAGAUGUUCUGUUCACCGACCAAUAUGUUAGCCGAGUAAUUGUAGUAUUCAAGAAAAUAAGAUCUUUGAAAGAGUUCGAAAUAAUAGAUUGUGUACUUGAGGGAGAAGGACAUUGGAAUAUGACAGAAAUUGUAAGCAGCGGUCCAAGUUCUGUUGAAACAAUAUCAAUAACAAAUAUAACAAUUCCAUAUUUUCAUCUUUUUAGUGACCUUCAGGGUGUAGAAUCACAACUAAAGGACCUGAAAAGACUCAGAAUUGCAAGUUCUAGAGUUUUCAUGGUACCAUGCCAACUUACAAAGCACUUUUCGUCACUCUUGUAUCUUGAUUUUCAGGAUAAUUUGCUUGGAAAUAAUCGCUUAACUGAAACAACCUGUAAAGGCGCUUGGCCUUCAUUGCAAACUUUAAAUCUAAGUCAAAACUCUCUCAAAUCUCUAGAAGAGACUGCAGAAAAUUUAAGUCAUCUAUCCAAACUCGUUAAUCUUGACAUUAGUCAAAAUAAGUUUGGUGUGAUUCCAGAUACGUGUCAAUGGCCAAAAAACCUUAAGUAUUUAAAUCUCUCCAGCACUCAUAUUCCUAAAUUAACAACCUGCAUUCCUCUGACCCUUGAAGUUUUGGACGUCAGCGCUAAUAACCUGCAAGAGUUUGGGCUGCAACUGCCUUUUCUCAAGGAGCUGUACAUUGCAAGAAACCAGCUGAAGACCUUGCCUGAUGCGGCUCCCAUUCCCAACUUGGUGGCCAUGAGCAUCAGAAGAAACAAGCUCAACAGCUUCUCCAAGGAAGAGUUGGAGUCCUUUAAGAAUAUGCAGAGGCUGGAUGCCAGGGACAAUAACUUUAUCUGCUCCUGUGAAUUCCUCUCCUUCAUUCAUCAUCAGGCUGGGAUAGCCGAGAUGUUAGUGGGCUGGCCGGAAAACUACGUGUGUGACUCUCCGCUGGCAGUGAGAGGGCAGCAGAUUGGAGCGGUGUACCUGUCCCCGAUGGAGUGCCACCGCUCCCUCCUUGUGUCGCUGAUCUGCAAAAUAAUGAUGACACAUACCUGGCGAGUGUGGGCCAUCUACAUCAUCCUAAUGGCAAAGCUCUCUGAAGAGCAAGAUUUGAAGCAAGUUUGUCCCUCGUGUGGCACCACUCCGUUUUGCAACUGUUCUUCCAGGAGGUUGAAUUUCAUUCCACCAGGGCUCACGGAUAAAAUCACAGGGUUAAACCUGGCCCACAACAGGAUAAAGCUCAUCCGAGCACGUGAUCUGCAGCAGGCUGUGAACCUGAGAGUGCUGCUGCUGUCAUCCAAUGAAAUCAGCUCAGUAGAGGAGGACUCGUUUCGCUCUCUUGCAAAACUGGAGCUCUUGGACUUAUCAAAUAACAGCUUGUCUCACUUGUCCCCUGUGUGGUUUGGGCACCUCUUUUCCCUCCAGCACCUCAACCUUCAAGGCAAUUUCUACCGGGACCUGGGGGAAAGUUCCCUCUUUUCUAACCUGCGAAACCUGAGCUCUCUCUACCUGGGCAACCAGCAGUUCUCCACGAUAAGAGAGGGAAACUUUGAGGGCAUUUCACUUCUCAGCGAGCUUUGGAUUGACGGUGGCAAUCUCAGUCUGUAUGAGCCAGGAAGUUUGAAAUCAGUUAGGCAGAUAGACCACAUGAUCAUCAGCCUAAAAAGUGUGGAUGUAUUCUCAGCAAUUGUCAAGGAUCUCCUGCACUCUGUUGUAUGGUUAGAAGUGAGAGAAAUAGCAUUCAGUGUAUCUGCUGAAAUGCAGCUAUUGAGACCCAUGUCUUUUUCUUUUGCAAAGAAAAUUUCUUUUAAACAGGUCUUGUUUACAGAUGCUACAGUGCCUGAAAUCAUUGGCAUUCUAGAGGCCAUGAAAGAAUUAAUGGAGGUUGAGAUGAGAGAUUGUAAACUCUUCGGCACCGGCCAAUGGAGUUCCCAAAUUCAUAUAAACCAAUCACACUCUAUUCGAAUUUUAACAAUAGAGAAAUUAUCUAUAGAAGAAUUUUAUCUGUUUACAGAUCUUAGUGCUGUUUUAGACCUAAUAUCUCUUCUGACCAAAGUCACAGUUGAUGAUACCAAGGUGUUUUUGGUGCCAUGCAGAGUUUCACAGCAUCUUUUAUCAUUACAGUAUCUCGACCUCAGUGCAAAUUUGCUUGGAGAUCAGAGUUUGGAGCAUUCAGCCUGUCAGAAUGGAUGGCCCUUACUACAAAUUCUAAAUUUAAGUCAAAAUUCACUGAGUGACUUAAAAAUGACGGGUAAAAGCUUAUCUCACCUGAAAAAUCUAAUUCUCUUAGAUAUUAGUCAAAAUAGUUUUGGUGAGAUUCCAGACAGCUGUCAAUGGCCAGAAAGCCUGAAGCACUUAAACCUCUCCAGCACUCAAAUUCCUAAAUUAACAACCUGCAUUCCUCUGACUCUUGAAGUUUUGGACGUCAGCGCUAAUAACCUGCAGGAGUUUGGGCUGCAACUGCCUUUUCUCAAGGAGCUGUACAUUGCAAGAAACCAGCUGAAGACCUUGCCUGAUGCGGCUCCCAUUCCCAACUUGGUGGCCAUGAGCAUCAGAAGAAACAAGCUCAACAGCUUCUCCAAGGAAGAGUUGGAGUCCUUUAAGAAUAUGCAGAGGCUGGAUGCCAGGGACAAUAACUUUAUCUGCUCCUGUGAAUUCCUCUCCUUCAUUCAUCAUCAGCCUGGGAUAGCCGAGAUGUUAGUGGGCUGGCCGGAAAACUACGUGUGUGACUCUCCGCUGGCAGUGAGAGGGCAGCAGAUUGGAGCGGUGUACCUGUCCCCGGUGGAGGGGCACCGCUCCCUCCUUGUGUCGCUGAUCUGUGUUCUGGUGUUCCUGGUCAUCCUGGCGCUGGUGGUCGUCGGGUACAAGUACCACGUGAUCUGGUACAUGCGAAUGACGUGGGCCUGGCUUCGAGCGAAGCGGAAGCCCCGGCAAGGCCCCCCAAAGGAUAUCUGCUACGAUGCUUUUGUCUCCUACAGCGAGAAUGACUCUGAGUGGGUGGAGAACAUCAUGGUGCAGGAGCUGGAGCAGGCCUGCCCGCCCUUUCGCCUGUGCCUCCAUAAGCGGGACUUUGUGCCCGGCAAGUGGAUUGUGGAUAACAUCAUUGACUCCAUAGAGAAAAGCCACAAGACGCUGUUUGUGCUGUCGGAGCACUUUGUACGGAGCGAGUGGUGCAAAUACGAGCUGGACUUCUCGCACUUCCGCCUCUUUGAUGAAAACAACGAUGCCGCCAUUCUGAUCCUCCUGGAGCCCAUCCAGGGCAAAGACAUUCCCAAGAGGUUCUGCAAACUGCGGAAGAUAAUGAACACAAAAACUUACCUGGAGUGGCCUCUUGAGGAAGAGCAGCAGCAAAUAUUUUGGUUUAAUUUGAAAUUAGCUCUAAAAUCGUAA